UCUUCCUCAGCCUCAAAACAACCUGCCAGCAGGCAAGUAUCAAACGACACCUCAGUCUGCCAGGACCCAAUCUGCGAGACCCAUCACACCCCAACAGAUGUCUGAUACUGCCAGUGUUAUGUCUUUACCUCCAGGAAAUGGUCAGCAUGGUUAUCAACUGUUGACUCCUGCAUAUUAUGAUCAGUCGGGACAGUUGCUGGUUAGUGGUGGCAGGGGUUUGGGACCUCUCGUUCGACUCGUCUCACCUGGACCCCUCAUGGUCAACACAGCUACUCCUGCUCCAAAUCAGACAAAUAGUUCAGGAUUGUUCACGCCAGCCCAGCCGAGUUCAACAGUUUUCAACCCCCGUCCACAAACCUGGUUCAACUCUAUCCCAAACACCACUGAUCCAUUUCAACCUAACAAUGGCUUGUUGUCAGAUAAUAGGCAUGAAAUAACGACGACGACAACUGCAGCAGCAGACGAUAAAUCAGCUGUAGCUGGAGGGUACCAACUAGGUGCCAACAGAGGUGCCUCCCUGGACCAGCAGAAUGUAUACCAUAUGCCUUAUAUUCAGUCUGUCGGUAAUAAUCUGGGCUUGAAUGUUUCAGAUGCAAAACCUAAAGUCACUUCAACUCCAUUUAGUAACAUGCUUCUGAAUUCAAAUCUCAUGGGCAGUGGUAACCAAACUCUUCUCAAAAGCGUCGAAGGAGGGAGUGGAAGAAGCCAGCUGCUUGAAGACUUCCGGGCAAAUAGGUUGCCUAGUUUACAACUGAUGGAUCUGACGAAUUACAUUGUAGAGUUCUCUAAGGAUCAGCAUGGGUCAAGGUUCAUCCAGCAGAAAUUGGAGCAUGCAACAGAAGCAGAGAAGUUCCUCGUCUUCAGUGAAAUAAACAACUGCGCUUACAACCUCAUGACUGAUGUCUUUGGCAACUAUGUCAUUCAAAAGUUUUUUGAACAUGGUGCUCCUGACAACAGACAAACACUCGCCCUAAAGGUCAAAGGUCAUGUACUGACCCUUGCACUUCACAUGUAUGGAUGCAGAGUUAUUCAAAAAGCCCUUGAGUCUAUACCACCUGACAUGCAAGUGGAAAUAGUGAAGGAAUUGGAUGGGCACAUAGAGAAGUGUGUGAAGGAUCAGAAUGGGAACCAUGUAGUGCAGAAGUGCAUUGAAACCAUCAAUCCAGUACAUCUUGAUUUCAUCACUGAUGCCUUCAAAGGACCAGUGACUAUUCACCUUGCCAUGCAUCCGUAUGGCUGUCGAGUGAUCCAGCGUAUACUGGAGCACUGUACUACUGAACAGAUAAAGCCAAUCCUUGAUGAACUACUUAAUGAAACAGAAAUCCUGGUACAUGACCAGUAUGGAAAUUAUGUGAUACAACAUGUCCUCGAACGUGGCACUGCAGAGGAAAAGUCAAAAAUUAUCAAUCUUUUGAAGGGGAAGAUCAGUACAAUGAGUACGCAUAAAUUUGCUAGUAACGUCGUCGAGAAGUGUGUGACUCACUCAUCCAGCGAGGAUAGGGCUGCAAUCAUCGAGGAAGUCUGUGCCAUUUCUGAUAGUCCGCAGACAGCUCUGUAUUUGAUGAUGAAAGACCAGUAUGCUAAUUACGUAGUGCAGAAGAUGAUCGACAUUGCUGAACCACCGCAGAGGAAGUUGCUACUGCAAAGGAUAAGACCACAUGUGCCUCUUCUCAAGAGGUAUUCAUAUGGCAAGCAUAUUUUGUCAAAAUUGGAAAAGUUCUACCACAAGUGCUCUGCUGAGAUUGGUCCUAUUGGUGUUGUUCCCUCAUCUGCCAACACGCACAACUCUCACAGCAUCAAAUAA